GUGCGUACUACAAAACAGGGGGUAGUGGUAUAUCGCUGUACGGCAUGCAGGAAGAAACGCAGCACCAUCACUAUAGCAGUUCAGAAUCAAUGUGAGUUCAUCGGAGACCCUGUUGAACUUCCUCAUAUUUGCACUCCACUGAAUAAUGCGCAGGACAAGGUGACACGAAUGGUAUACCAGUCAUGUCGAGCAAUUGCAAAAGAGCCACAACUUGCAGAAGCAAAACCUAAUGAGUUGUGGAAGAGUAUAGCUCAGUUCAUCGACGAGAAUGCCCCUGAAGAUGAAGCUCAACGAAACGAGAUGUUGAAGCACUUUUACAGAAACGGGUAUAAGUCUAGAAGGAAAACAAUUGCAAGAGCAGCAGCAAGGCUCCACCGUGCCGUUGAAGGGAAAGUGGAAGAACGAGUGAACGAAAUGGAAAAUUCAGUAAAGAAGGAA